UCUGUUGGCUUUUCUGCCGUCGCGCUUCGUCAGAUCUUGCACAAUGUGUUAAUCUAAGCCCUCGCGCUAGUUCGCCCCUGCCACACGUCUCACUUAGAUAUAGCGCUCUGCCUAGUGCUCCACAAUAACUGCCGCAACGUCUUAACUAUGCUGCGCUGACCCUCUAUCGCCGAUUCUCCUUUUCUCCCCAUCAUGAACUGACUCUUUCCUUGUCUGAACUGCUUGUAUUUCAAUUUUGGGUCUUCUGGAAGGCCGUCCAUUCCUUUGUCUUGGGUUUUUGAUAGAAACAGGGCUCGGUUCCCUCUAACGUUCUUUACUUUCUUUUCACCAUUAUUUUUCUCUCAGCAAUACUCUGGAACUUUACCCUCCACUUUCACUUCAGUAUUUGAUAUACAGGCAGUCGUCAAAAAUGGCUAGAGGAACAUUUCUAGGGAGGUCGCGUACAAUUCGGCAGGCGGAGGCUGGCUCUUCCCCUACAUCAAAGCACCCUGAUAUGCUGCCACGGAAAGAUCAGAAAUGUAUCGAGGAUGGUGCAAAUAAAGGCCGCCCGGCGCCUCAUGUGAAUCGGAGCUUUCAUCGCCCAGGGGUAUCUGAGGGGCACCAGCAGAAGAAGAUGCAAGCCAUGAGCCCUAUCAACACCGAGGCUCCCCCGCUUCUCUCUUCCCCUGUAUCGUCACCCGUCAGCACUGAUAAUGACAUGAAUGGAAGUCUUAUCGGCGUCGCGUUGGGUAGUCCCCGUAUGAUCGACCCGCAAGUUCCCACGUCACAGAUGCAGGAGACGGUUCCUGUCAAACCGGCAGAACCCCAAACGCGACCCUCUUUGCAGCGCAAGCCAAGCAAAUGGAAGAAGAUUGGUGGUCUCUUCAAGGCCAAGGCCGCCAUGACAGCCCCUCCAAAUCAGCCGUUUUAUCAGGUCCGACUCGAUAACGAAUGGCCAAUGCAAGGCUCCACCUAUUCAUUCGACCAGCAGCCAAAGGCCCAGCCUUCAGGCCACGAGAAUCCUGCCAGUCCGACCUCAGGCACAGACGCAUGGCCAUCUUUAGUACCGGAAAUCCAGACUUCCACACAGGAGCCACAACAGUCUCACGCGGAUGCGACCAGUGGAUCGCCCCAAGAGAAGGAACGGUCUCUUGGAUCUGGACCCUUGCUCCAGGUUGACAUUCCUGACAUUCAGCUGGAGCGAUACAGCGUCAUGUUUGGAGGAGUUCUCAAGAAGAACAGGCCAUCUUCCAUGAGUAGACGCAGCAAGAAUUUGGAAGACAGCAACCCUCCAACUGAACAGGACACCCAUCACUCGCCAACCCCGACACGGUCGAAAUCCCCCAGUCCCAGCUUCAGCCUGUUCCCGGCGACCAGAACCAGCAAGGCCUCGAAGGUCUUGGGAAGCCAGAAUAUUCCUCGUGGUCCCAGCCCAAUCCAUAAGAGCCAAACAUCCUUGGGAGAAUCGAAUCAAGAAAAUCUGUCGGAAAAGAAUAGUGUGGUCCUCAUGGUCCACAGCACCCAGCCGUCUCAUAAGCAACAGAACUCAGUGUCUUCAUUCCUUUCCUCCACAACCAUUGGUUCCGAGGACGAACGGCUCCUCUUGCAGAAAUUAGGUCCUGUCCGCUCCUACUUUGACGCACGGGAACCAGAAUGGGAGAUCAUCAACAAGAAGCCUACAGCAAAGGAACCCGUGCGCGAAUCACCUCCACCGCUAAGGAUCGAUACGCAGAUGGAUUCGCCCCGAACGGCUAGCUAUGCAUCAUCAACUCUGUCUGAAUCGUCAGACACGCCUGUCCAUGCGCCCCGACAAAGAAACGAGGUCCCAUCCCCAGCAAGCGGACGAACCUCCCCAACCUCACCAAGACCUAAGCCCUCCGGGGUCGCCCAAGAGGACAGCAACCCAUCCGACCCAGAAAACCCCGUUCCUACCGUCGAAAUCUCAAUCGCACGAUCCGUCUCCGUCUCGAAAGGAAGAAGGCAGGUCCUUGUACCUAUCAGGCCACGGCCAGACCGUUUGGAUCCCAAUGAGCGUGUCGGCGACAAGAAGGGGAAAGCGCCCCAGGUUAUGGAAGCUGAUCGCAGCCAUCUCCCUGGACGAUCACAGGAGGUACUCGUUGACACCAUCUAAGCGAUCAGUCUUGGGAAGUUGCUUAUGGUCAUGAUCACGUGCUUGUUGUUCUCUUCUUCCAGGUCUUAUAUCACGUUCCGUAUCUUUUCGUUCCUAUUUCUACAGCGCAGGUAGC